ACUAAUACUCACUCAUCUCCAUCUUUCUCUCUUUUCUUCCCCCCUUCUUAUUCCAUACCACUUUUCUUGCUCAGAAGAUCUGUGAGAGUACAAGUUUUACCCCUACAAACAGCUCAUUUUUCACUGUUGAUGACCCUUUUCCUUUGAUUUUUUGUUUUCUUGGGAACUGUGUGAUGUGGGUCGGUCUCAAGAAUCUCUCAAGAAGAUGACGAAAUGAAAGUCUGAUCAUAAAUAAGCUAAGGGUUUUCUUUCUUUGUUUCAAAUCCCUCUCAGAUCUCAUCAGCUCCCCUACCUUCAACAAUCUGUAGUAGUCUUGAUUCCUUUCCCUCCCAUGGUAAAAAGCUUCCAGUGGGUAUAAAGAUUUGUACUUUUUUUUUUUCAGUUCCCUGAGAAAUUUCUGUCUAUGGGGUUUUUGCUUUUGCUUCUGGGUUUGAGUGUGAUUUGGGUAACUAUUUAAAGCUCUGAUUUUCUUUCUCUGAGCCUUGUUUCAAGAACUUGGAGAUAAGAGUAGUCUUCUUGGGGCAAAAUUGUAAAUUCCAUCUCUUCUCUCUAUAUUUUGGUCAAAGUGUGAAAUUGAGGAGAAAAGCUGUCCAUAUAUGGCUAAUAGGUGGUGGACUGGGAAUGUAGUGGCAAUGAAUGAGAUGGGGGUGGGUGGAGGGGGGGAUCCAGAACUGCAUCUCAUGAGGAACAGUGGUGAGGAAGAAGAUGAAGAAGAGAAGAGAAGGGAGCAAGAUUUCAUGGCGGAUACCAGCAGUGAUGGGAAUCAUCAUGAAUUGAACCCUACUGUUGGCCAGGGGGCACUUGUCAUUUCUGAACCGGGCAGCUCCGGCCGCCGCCCCCGGGGCCGGCCUCCCGGAUCUAAGAACAAACCCAAACCCCCAAUUGUGAUCACCAAGGAAAGCCCCAAUUCCCUCCAUAGCCAUGUCCUGGAAAUCAGCAGUGGGAGUGAUAUAGUGGACUGCAUCUCCACCUUCGCCCAGCGCUGCCACCGCGGUGUGUCGGUGUUGAGCGGCACCGGGGUGGUGGCUGACGUCACUCUCCGGCAGCUCAAUGCUCCGGAGGGCGUGGUGACUCUACAUGGGAAGUUUGAGAUAUUGUCCUUGUCGGGGGCGUUUUUGCCGUCCCCGUCGCCCCUCAGGACCACGGGGCUGACCGUUUACUUGGCGGGCGGGCAGGGGCAGGUGUUGGGAGGGAAUGUGAUGGGGGCACUGGUGGCUUCCGGUCCGGUGGUGGUGAUUGCCGCCACGUACAUGAAUGCGGCCUACCAAAGGCUACCUCUGGAGGAGGAGGAGGAGGUAGUGCCGCACCAUCCGGCCGACGAAGGCCGGAUGCAGUUAGGAGGGGCGGUGGAGAUUGCUCCGUCGGCCCCACAUUCUCAUCCUUUGGUUGAUUCGUUAUACAACUUGCCACCCAACUUGUUGCACAAUACCCAAAUUGCCCAUGAAGCGGCCCAUUGGCGCCCUCCCCCGCCCCCGUAUUAAUCAAACGGGGGCGAGGGAGAUUGGCUCAUCUUUACCCUUUGACGAGCGAGCGAGUGGACCCCACCGCGUUGAUGAGAUGGACCGAGAACCGACCCGAAGAAGAACGCAAUGAAGCCUAACUUCUCCC